GCUGACGUCCAAGUUGACCUAUAUGAGGUCCUCGAAAUUCAUAGCGGUGCUUCUAAGGAUGAGAUUCGACAGGCAUACCGCAAGGCUGCCCUAGCAAAUCAUCCUGAUAAAGUCCCCGAAGACGAACGCCCUGCCGCCGAAGUUAAAUUUAAGGCCGUCCAAGAGGCAUACGAAAUUCUCUACGAUGAAGAUAAGCGCCACAUGUAUGACACACAUGGUAUGGGUGCAUUCAACGGUUCAGGUGAGCAAAUGGGUCCUGAUAUUGACGACCUGCUCGCUCAAAUGUUCGGUGGCAUGGGAGGUAUGGGCGGUAUGCCUGGGAUGGGCGGUAUGGGAGGUAUGCCCGGCAUGCCCGGUGGUCCUCGUGGUAAGAGCCGAAAGAGCGCAAAUGAGGAGCAAGAUUAUGAUGUGAGCCUUGAAGAGAUGUACAAGGGUAAGACCGUCAAGUUCGCCAGUACUAAAAAUGUCAUCUGCAGCCUAUGCAAGGGCAAAGGUGGAAAGGAAAAGGCGAAGGCCAAGAAGUGCUCUACUUGCGACGGUGCUGGAUAUCGGGAGGGUCUCCGAAACAUGGGACAGUUCGUCACCCGUGUAACGGAACCUUGUACUACUUGCAAUGGUGCAGGUGAAUUUUUUAGCCCUAAGGACAAGUGCAAGAAGUGCAAGGGCUCCAAGACUUGCGAGGAGAAGAAACUUUUGGAGAUUUACAUUGCACCCGGCUCUCGCGAAGGAGAGAAGAUCGUUCUCGAAGGUGAGGCUGACCAACACCCAGACCAAGAGCCUGGCGAUAUUGUGUUCAGUCUCGUUGAAGAGGAGCACCCGGUCUUUGCCCGUCGAGGUGCUGAUCUGCAGGCCACUAUCGAAGUCACUUUGGCCGAGGCUUUGACCGGUUUCUCUCGAGUUGUUUUGAAGCACCUCGAUGGACGCGGCAUUGAGAUCAAGCACCCGGCCGGUAAAAUCCUCUCGCCCGGACAGCUUCUUGUUGUCCGUGGCGAGGGCAUGCCGAUUAAGCGUACUGACUCUCGCGGAGACCUGUACCUCGUUGUGGAUAUCAAAUUCCCUGAUGAGAACUGGAAGCCGACCCCUGCGAUUCUCGAUACGAUUCGGGAAGUGCUUCCCAAGCCUGAAGAGCCUAUCACAGCGACUACCGUGGACGAAGUUGAGUUCGAACUGGGAGUCGAUUUCGCUCAGUUUGGUGGUAACUCCAAUGACGAUGACUGGGAGAAUGAAGAGGAAGACGAUGAAGAAGGUCAAGGCGCCCAGUGCGCGACCCAGUAG